UAGAUCACGCAAAAACUGUUUCGAUAGAGCUCGCAAGAGGAAAUGUCAUUUCUGCGGAAAAAUGGUAGACUGACGUUGCUAGCCAGAGAUAUUUUGGAAAAAAACUGGUGCGGUGAAAAAUCAGAAACAAAGAAGUGCGGGAGUGUGUUUUAAAAUGUGACAUGUGGCUUAAUAAAAAAAAUGCAUUGAUCAGUUCGAUUGCGUUGUGAAAAUAUAGAAUCCGUUGACUUUUGCAGUGAAUGAUGUUUUUGUUUGUGUGAAACGGAUUUGCAAAUUAUGGAAAAAACAUGGAAAAUAUUAUUUUUGUGCGUUGGGCUUCUAUUCUGUGAAUUAUGCAAUGGAUUGCCCAUUAAUUUAGAGAACACGGUAGCAGAUUCUCACACUCAAUUGUUGACGGGGUUAGUCGCACUACUGUUAACAGUUUGCAGCGUGGUUUUCUUAGCCGGGUGUUUAUGUUGUCAACGACGAAACGGAUUCAAGGAGUUCAGGGAUAGCCCUGUAGUAGCAUCAACAGCUUCGAAUUUGGACCAUGGCCACAUUAACCCUGUUGCCAACGGCGAAUUUACGAUAUUCACGCCAUUAUCCCCGCCCCUUCAAAACAAUAACGUGUUUCUUGCCAAUCAACAGAUAAUUACGCGAACUCAAGAAGACUAUGUUUUUGGUGAUGUCGACGUGAGUUCAUGGUUCAAUGGUACCGAAACCGAUUUUCCACGAAUUAAACUUAAAUAUAUCAAAGAAAUCGGCAAAGGGUGGUUCGGGAGGGUGGUGGAAGGUGCAGCACAAGAUAUUGAGGGUGAUAAAAAAUGGACACCUGUGGUGGUUCGAAUUUUAGAGGCGACAGCAUCAAGCAGGGAAAGAGUUGUAUUUCUACACGACGCCACUAUAUAUCGACAUGGUGCCCAUCCAAAUAUACUGACAUUGUUUGGUAGAUGUUUAGAUACAAUUCCACUUUUGUUACUUCAAGAAUAUUGUCCCUAUGGUGAUCUCAAAAAUUAUUUGCGCAAAAAUAAAUCAACAGCCGAAACGUUAUUGUCCACUGAACAUCCUUUGCUUUGGUGUUGCCAACUCAGUUCAGCUUUGAAACACCUGCAUGAAAAUAGAUUGACUCAUCCUGAUUUAGCCGCAAGAAAUUGCCAACUUACCUCCAACCUAACUUUAAAGUUGGGUGACUACGGCCUAGCAGUUUUUCAGUAUCCAGAAGAUUAUUAUUUGGGAUCUCCUGGCGUUUCCGUAAGAUGGUGUGCACCAGAAUCACUUUCGUAUACUUCCACAACAAUAGAACCGAAGAAAAUAACUUUAGAAGCUAACAUAUGGUCGUUAGGUGUAACUAUGUGGGAAAUUUACGAAUGUGGAGAACAACCGUACUCGUCGUUGAGUGACGAUGAAGUUGUCUCCCAGGUUGUGGGUUCACAGAAAGUUAGAUUAGAUAGGCCUAAGUAUCAAGUAUUAUAUACCGACUACAUUUUUCGUUUAAUGCAACUUUGUUGGACUAGUAGUGAAUCUCGACCUGCGGUGGCACAAAUCGAUCUGAUGUUAGGAGAGUUGCUACAAGUUUACAAAAACACAACAUCUACGCAGUUGGAAUCGCACGUUUCCAUAAAAGAUUUUGAUAAGCGAUGGGAGUCUUUUAAACCUAAUAGUAUUGUCAAGACUGACAACCACAUUGAUAAUACUGAGAUGGAUUUGGAGGACUCGCAGAUAAGAACGUCGAAACCUUUAUCUCCUAGUUUAAAUAAUUUACAUGGUUCAUUGGACAAUCUCUUAGUAGAUAGUUCAGAAUCACAGAUGGAAUCGUGGUUAGAAAAUGUCGCCACAAAAACUGGCGACAUGUCUUACGUUAAAGGACUAUCAGAUGCCAUAAAAGAUCUAGAUAACGCUAUAGCAUUAGAAAACAGUACAAGUUCCGAUUCUAGCCACCACCAAAGUCCAAAACCUAAAAGCAACCCCAAACUGGAAUUUCAACUUGGUCCUCUUACAACCAAACUACAAAUUCCAGAAUCACCUAAUCAGAACGACAGUUUAAUGGACAGUUUUCUUUUUGCGCAAAGAACAAGCAGUGGUAGUGAAACCGAGGAAGAAAACUGGAAGAAGAAGAUCGAACGCGGAGCUUAUACAGAAAAAGUGCGUCAGAAAUCUAGAUCUGUAGCCGAUUUGAUGAUUCUAACUCACAUCGAUCCUUCGGAAUCGGAAUCUGAAACUCCCUUGCCUAGUUUAGAUUAUAGAACGAAUUAUAAAAAUGUAAGAUAUGCGCCUAAGCAGAAUUUGGAAAAUGUUGGUCUCAUGUUCGGAAGCGAGGGUAAUCUCUUGAACGUACAAGAUACUUUUCAAGAUGAACUGAGAAAAUUACAGGAGGAACGGAGAGAUAGUCUGCUUUUUGUACCUGAAAACAGUAGUCAAAACAACAGUAGUGAAAACUUGUUAAGUGAUAGUGCGCGUGAUGACACUGUUAAUGCCGAUGUUUCACGUAGUGUUGUGUCUAGUUCAUUUUCUAACAAGGAUUAUUUAGAAAACUCGCCUAGUAAGAGAAUUCUACAAGAAUUAAAUAGCGCUAGUGAAAUAAAACCUGCUAACCAAGUGUUCAAUGUGUUCAAUGUUACCAUAGAUAACUACAGUCCCGUACGAUUAAAGCCUUCAAAACUAGAAGAACUUAUCAACUUCAAAGAAGAUGAAUGCGUCGUUAAAGAAACUGAAGGAUUUGAAGUUCCAAAACUCUCAGAUAUUAUACAGUGUAAUUCUGAACUCGUAAAUUAUCUUAAUCGUAACACCUUACCUUUCAAUUGUGUAGAAAAAGCUUUGAGUGAAGACGACAACUCUGAAAUUAUGUACGAUUCAGGUGUGGAAGGUGACAGAGUAGAGUCCACAGAAUCUCUGAAAAAUGCAGUGGAAGGAAAGUUACACAAUGAAUUAUCGACGGAUGAUAGAGCGGAAUCUCCAAAAUGUGCAGACGAAGCAGAGCACCAAACGGAACUGUUUGAAAUAGAAGAAAGUGUAAAUUUGACACAAAACAUGAAUGAUGAGGAUUCGUUUAAUAAUACUUUUGUUCAUGAAACCACGCAUAUCACUAGCUCAGAUGUAGAAGAAAAAGAAGCAAUUGCACGAAAAACUUUCCAGGUGCCGAAACUGAUGGACCUAAUUCAAGAUAACGACGAAUUGAUGGAUUAUAUUAUAGCUAAAUAUGAAGCUGAGAGUCUAGGAAAAGGAAACGAUCUAGAUAGUCUGGAAAUGUCGUCUAACGAUGAAAUAACAGUACUUAAACAGGACGACAUACAAGCGGCCAAAGAAUUUUUGGAAGAAGAAAUCAAAAAUUAUCAUCAUGUAGAACCACCGAAAGUGGCAUUUGAUUUAAGUGAAGGUCAAGAUGAAGCAAUGCCGAACAGUCUAACACAUUCCAGUGUAUACACCAGCACACCGUUUGGCAAGAAAAGUCUCCAAGAACUUCCUCAUCAAGAUGGUUUCUGCAGCUUAAAUUUAUUCAACGAUGCCGCUGAAGACAAAAUUAUUGAAAAUGGAAACUCUAAUUUAUAUUCCCUCGAAACGUGGGACAACUUUUUGGGAAAAGCACUAGAUAAUCAAAACGAAUCACAAGAACAUGAAUUAUUCGAUAGUUUUUCGUCAGAACCGCAUAGUUUAUUGUUCACUCAAAAUGAUACGUUGGUUUGUGAUAUGAAAAAAGAAGAUACGGAACUCCAAAAUCAAACUUAUUUAUGCUGUGAGAAUAGGGACUCCACUUUCACGAAGGAACCAAAUAUUGUUGACCUCAGUGAUGUCAACAUUGAGAUUGAAUCUAACACCAAAAUAGAAGAUAAUAAUUGUUGGGAUAAUAAUGGGGGUGGCUGGUUUUUACAUCCGCAGUCAAAUCAUGAUAUUUCCGGGGAAAUGACCGUGCCCUCAAACGCCAAUACAGAUAGUUAUGUAGGUUUUAAUGUGGAUGAUGAAAUUAUGGCCGCUAUUCGAACCGAACUUCUGAACAAAUUACCACAAGCACAAGGAGGUUCUAGCGGCGCAGUCCAUGAUGAAGAAGAAUGGGAUUCUGCUGAAAGGAACGAAGUGUUUCUUAGAUAUAACGUCUACAAUACACCAUUGUCACCAAUACCAGAAGAAAGUUUAAUUGAUGAUUCCUACUUCAAUACACCAAGGCAACAUAACAGUGAAGAUGAAAAUGAAGAUAGUGAUUGGUCAGAUGACCAGUAUGGUCGUGAAUGUUUAGAACCUGAAAUGGACUGCCAUUCAGGUCAGACGCUUGAGAGUUCGAUUCAUCCAGAACCCCUCCACAGACAUACUCCUAGUCAAGACUCAUGUUGUUCAAACGAUACUUUAUUUAAUUUAGAAGAACUUACAUAUGCCGUUAAUGAUUCAGAGAGAGACAAUAAUUCACCCACCCUUAAAACUUACGAAAAUGAAUCACAGUAUAUGGAGGAAAACUCUCAUAUGAUGCAAGCACCAAGUGAUAUGAUGAUUCAUAGCAUGACCAAUGAAAUUGGAAAUGUGGAUGAAAAAAUUGUCGUUGCAGAAACGUUGGGGGAGGAAGGUACGAAAUGUGAUAGUGACAACUCAUGCAGUGGAUGCAAAACGAUUGAUAUUAGUGAUACAGUGAAGGAAGUUGUUGAUAAACAUCUAGUGUUAGAAUUUUUAAAGAGUGAACGAGAGCAUGAUUGUGUUAAAGUUAAUGAAACAUUAGAAGAAUCAAAUUCUGAAUCAACGGACCAUUUAUUACCUUUUACGAAUAAACAAGUUGCCCCCUUGCCAUCGCCAGAAGAUAAACCGUGGAAACAACUGCCUGCUUCUUUAUUAAGUUACGACAAAGUCAUUUCUCAAAAUAUGUUGUUGCCUGCUCCAGAAUCAAAUGAACUUGUACCUGAACCUCAGGAACCCAUGCAAGACAAAGUAGAAAUAUUAUAUGUUAAUGUUCCUGAAGAAAGUAACUGUGACCUGAAUAAACUUGAACAACACGAUUAUGCGAAUGUUGAUAAAGCUGAAAGCACUGAAUGUUACGAAAAUGUUACAAAUCUGGACGACUUUUACAACGAAGCCGAUUAUGUGAACAUUGUGAAUUUGGAAAAUUCAAAGAACUUGGCCGAAUUUAACAAUAAACAAAUUACGGACAUUAUUGAGGACAUAACCGACUGUAGCAGUCCAGAUUAUGGAAACAAUUUUGCCCAGAAUAAUGAUUUAAUUAUUAAUAAUGAAGAUGAUGAACGUGACAUAUUUGGUGUUCUAACUGACAUAAGGUUUAGUGGACCUAGCGACAGUCAGCUGAUGACCACUUCUUUCAGCGAAAGUAAUGACAUUAAUGAUGAGCAAGAUUGGGAUAGCGGGUCGGACACCAGAUCCAGUUCCAGUGGAGAAUUUAUAUGGAAGGAGGGUGAGCACGAAGAGUCUCUCAAGGCCUUACGCGCCGCCCCACAAGAUGUGUUGGAUGAUAUUCAACCAAUGGAAGGUAUACAGGAAGAAACGUCAAGCGAGAGUAGCGGUAGUGAUGACGACGCAGAGAGUCCAGAAUUUGUUCCUUCUGCGUGGGAUAAGUAUGCAACACCGACGAAAUCAGCGUUAAGAUCGCCUGAAAGAACUGUUGAAAAGACUGAAAAAAAAAAAUCGAAAGGUGUGUGGUUUAAGAAACAAAAAUAUCAUUGUGUAUAUGAGUAUCCAAGAGAACCAGAAAGUCCAGUGCUGCACAGUUACGAUUUGUGGAAACCACAACCAGAUUAUAGCUGUUUCGAUGACUGGGAACUAGAUGGCACAGAUCCUUACGUUCCUGCUGAAAACUCCGACGAUUGCGACUUUUCCCAAAAUUACUACCAGCCGAAACCUAGUAGAAAUAUAAAUAUGUACCAGCUGAGUAGUGUAACAGACUUUACAAGUGAACCUGGAAUUGACGAUGAAUUUUUCAUCAGCAGUUCAGCCAAGCCCUUUGACAUGAUAAGUGGUUUAAGUUCUCAGUUCUUCCCAGGAAACUGGACUGACUUAAAUAAAACAAGUGACAACGCAACACCAGAUAGUGGAGUGGAAGAUAUAACACCAGCUGGAAUCAGUGAAGAUGAUUUCAGAUUACACUAUAAAAAUGUGCCCACUUUGAAGCAGUUAGCAUCUGAAGCUGUAAAGAAAAGUAGAAAAGCCGAAGAGCUAAAACAUAGCGAUGUCUUGGGCGGUUUGAGACACACUAGAAAUAAGUUGAAACUUGAUCUGCCACCUAGUCCAAGUGCUUUUACUUCUAAUAAGAUGUUCAGUAUUGAACCUAUUAUUGAUCCUGUGAUAAACAGGGAGAAGCCAACUUUUACAACAUUCGGUAAAAGUCGAUUUUUAGUACAACACGUCGAUACACCACCCGAUGAUGAAAUCAACACGGGGAAAAAUGUUUCUUUUGAAGCAUUACCAUAUAAACCACUCCAAAAACAUAUUAUAAAAGAAGACUAUGACUUUAGUAAAAGUAAAGGUAAAGUAGAAAGUGUUAGAGGAGAAGCUAGUCUAUUGGAUAGUGCCGAUGAGGAUAGUGGAAUCGAGUCUAGUACACUUGAAAGAAAAUUAAGUAAUACGGUUUAAAUUUUUGUUAUUUUUUUAUAACAAAUGUUCAGGUCUUUGUUGCCUUAUACGAAAAAGGCAGGAAUUAUGAUGCUUGAAAGAAAAGUGCAUAUAUUUGAGAGUAAAAUUUUAGAUUAGUUAUAGACUAAAAGAGAAAACCAGCUUUAAAUACAGGUUUAGAAUUUUUCAUAUCUUGGAAUGUAGAAAGAUUUUAAAAUUUUCACUCAUCUACGUUUUUGCCUUUAAUACUACAGUUACUAUACUUUUAUGUGAUAUUUAUUUGUUAAAAAUGUUUUCUUGUCUUGUAUAUUUUGUGUUACCUAAAUGAAUAUGUUUUCCAUCUUUUCUUUCAUAUAUCUAAGUGUUACGAAACUUUUUGUGUAAUGGAAUGGUAGAAAUGGAUAAAUAAUUUGAUGUACAAAUCAGAAAUUUGGCGUCCAUGUUUGUCUAAGGUGGUGUUGUAGUUUUUGUAUAGACACAGUAUUUAUAUAAAUCAGUCUUUCGUUAUCUCGUAAAAUGUGUUAAUUACUGAAUUAAUCAAAAUAACAUUUAAUGUUAACUCAUAGAUUUCCCUUCCCUCUUUAAUAUGUUGUGGUUCUAAAAUUUAUUUUUUAUUUUGUAGAUAAUUGUUGUAGUAUAUGUCCGUAUCGGACCUAAUAAUGUGAUCGGCUAUUCAUAUUUCUUGUACUUGUAGUAAUUGUAUUAUAAUAUAUACUGUAGUAAGUUAUAUUAAUAAACAUUUUAUUCAGAAA